AUGAGAGUAGCUGAUAACAGUCUUUAGGAUCAAAUGAAGCCAAAGCUAAACAGAGACUCGAAGUCACAGUCCUCUUUACCAGAUAUUCAAAAUAUCGGGUCUUAGAAAUCAGCUUAACUUCUCCCUAAAACCAAGUAAGAGCUUGAGUUCGAGUACUUAGGCGAAUACUCCAUGAGUCCCACGAAUCAACUGGACUACAGCAAGCACAUUACAACUAAGAAUAUAAUGAGCAAUUUGAAGUCUCUUAAUGAAUACAUGGAUAAAAGAUUCCCCAAGAUUGGAGGAAAUGCAGGAAACACAACUGACAAGCAGGGAAAGAAGAAACCACUCAAUACUAACGUCAAUAUGCAUAUACCUCAUAAGUCUCAGAGAAAUGCAUAUGGCGAUUUCUAUAAGAACCUAAUGUCUAAUCACGGAGGCAAGUACGUAGAUAAAGUAGUCAACAGCGCUAUUAGUCCAAAUGGAUUCAAGGGAAACACAAUUGAUGGAAAAAGAAACUCUUCGCUUUAUCUCCUUGAUGUGAACGCUCCUCUUCAGUCCAGAUUCAAUGGCCCUCUAAAUCCAAUAGCUUAAAUGCAUUCUGCCAAGAAUUCCUUUGUUUAGAUGAUUAAUCUGCUCUCUUAAGUUGAGAAGAGUGAUGAGAAGCAGCAUAGAACCAUCGUUGAGUACAAAAAUGAAGAAUAGAGUGUGAGUAACGAGGGUAAUUACAUUUAAGACUUUAAAAAAAGAUUCUAGGAUAAUAGCACAAUGGUUAAAAAGAACAUGAGUUUCGAUAAACCUGCCUAGAUUUAUAAAAACUAUCUAAAAGAACAAGAAUAGAAGUCUAAAAUUACACUUCAAAAUUCACUAUCCCAAACUACUUUGAAUGCUAGCAAUUUGAAAGAGAAGAUAGCAUUUAAAAACCAUCUAAGAUUAUUCAACGAAGAUUCAACUUUCAUUGAGGAAUUCAAUAAGUUAUAGGACUAGCUAGAUAGUGAGAAAAACAAGAAAACUAACAAAUAAUCAGGAGGGGACAAUGAACCUACAGUGAUCCUUAAUUGCUUCAAAAGUUUAGAGUAAGAAUUUGGAAGAGAUGAUGUUCAGACAUUCGAAAAGAUAAUUAAAGGAUUGUUAAAUGAUCAUAUUCAUGUUGAAGAUAUAGUGUCUAAGGAAGAACUGGAUAAGGCUAUGAACCAGAAAAUGUAUGCAGGGUUCUCAAUGGCACCUCAAAUCAGAUCAUAAAUAAAAGAUGUGAUCAGAGACGAAUAUGAUAUCGACCUGGAAGACUUAGAGGCAAUUCUUAAGGAUAAGAAAUAUCUUAAAUCAGUCAAUGUCCUUUAUAAAAAACAUCUAAACAGCUAUAAAGACUAAUUUAAACAACUCACCAAACUCCAAAGAAAUGCAAAGAGUGAUGACUAUGCCAGUGUUAUUGAAGAGUUCAAGAACUAUAGGAUAAAUUAAAAGCUUUAGGAUAUAAGAGAGGCUGAAAGAAAAAGUUCAAACAUAUUUGUGGACAAUGAGGAUCCCAGUAUUGAGGAAAAUCAGUCUGAACUUAAAAUAAAGAAGACCAAUGAGAGAUAUACAGCCUUUAUAAUAUACAUGGCUAUUCAAGAAAUGAUCAAGUAGAUAUUUGUGGAGUGUAGAGACAAGGGUAAACUGCUCUUGAAGCUUUUUAGAAAGUACUUUGAUGAGCAAGAGAAGAACUGGUUCAGUAUUAUUCAAGAGCUCUGCCUUAAUAUCACUAAACUUAAGACUGAUAGAUCAUUCAUGCUGAAUAAGUUCAUUGAUAAGAGAAACUAGACUAUUUACAAUCAGUUUAUCAAAGAUGACUUAAAGACAAUAGUUGAUGAUAAGACUGUUAAUGAGGAAAAUCUAGUGCAGCACAAAAGACUGAUUAUGGAACUUAUAGGCUAUGUCAACAGAGAAGAAGAUGAACGAUAUCUGAUGGAAGUCGAAAAGAGAAAUCUUGAAUAGGAUGUUAAGGAUGUGAUUUACUCCUGGGACUUAGUCCGAUCAAAUAUGGAAUUCAAAGAAAGAAUCAGAAAGGUGAACACAAUGAAAAUAAAAGAGGACUUUAAUUUGAUGGAAGAGGUAAGAACUAUGAGAAAAGAUGAUCAAGCCAUAUUAGUGAAUCUUGAAAGAAUGAGAACAGCAUUGUCAACAGGUAAUGUCUAAUGGGAUUUAGAAAAAAUCUAGCUUGAGGGCUAAAACCAUUUUUACAAGGAGGAGAAUCAGAUUAUGAAGUAAGAAAUGAAGAAGUUGAGAGAGCAAUAUGAGAUUAGCUAGGAAACACUUCAGGAGAGAUCCAAAGAGAACUUCGAUUUGCAGCAAAGACUAAAAAAGUUCACUUCACAUCUGGAUAUCAUAGAGAAAUCCCAUGCUGAAAUCUAGACAGAUGUCAGCUUCAAGAAUGAAGAAUUCACUACAUCAUUAGACUAGAUUCUCAAGAAUAAACUCGAUAACUAACUUAAAAAGAUUACAAAGUUGAUGAAUAAGGCUAAAGCUAAUGUCAACAGAUAUCAACCUAUGUCUAAAUAGGAAAUGAUGGAUCUCAUUUAGGGAGUUUAUAUUAAAAAAUCAUAGGAGAUAAAUACGAAAAAUGAGCUUCACAAGGAAUUCGAUGACUUUGUGUACUCAAUAAUGAUCUAAAGAUUCGGUACAAAGAAGAAAGCUGAUCAUAAGGGUCAAGAGUUCCUGUUGGCUCUGAAGAAAUACUCAAAAGAGGAUGAAAGAGUAGAUUUCUUCAAAAAAUUCAUAGGGUUUGAAGAGGCUAAUCCAUAUAGCAGAGAGGUACUUGAAUUUUACAUUAUGCUUAUGAAAGCCACUAAUGAGUCCAUUCAAAAUAUUAUUAGUGUUCCUCCUGAUGGCUAAACUCAAACACCAUGCGAAAAGAUAUGGAUUGAAUUCCAAUAAGCCUUUGAGAAAUAUGUUAAAGUAUUCAAUAACUCAUCAUCCAAUUUGAAAGAAGAACUCAAGAAACACUUGAUAUUCGACUGUGAAUUAAUAAUUGAAAACUAACCAAAGAUAGAAAUCAAGCUCAAUGAGAAAUGGGAACUCUACUGUCUUUUAGUGUUCUUGAAAAAUACAAUGAAUUAGAAUUCUAUUGCUGGAAAUAUAGAGCAGGCCCUAAUAGAGUAACUAAAUAUUGACGAGGAAAAUAAUUUGACUUGUGCAGUUGAAUUCGAAAUAUUCAAGUAGCACUUUAUAAAAAUGCUGGGUCAUGAAGAUUCUACCAUAGUUCUCUCUGUAAUCAAUAUAGAUGACUUGUUUAAGAAAUAUUUUGGAGUCCUAUGUUAUGUUGAAGAAAACGACUUGCUCUAUAAGGGAAAGAUUAUGAUCAAGAUAAAGGGUCUUAAAAAGAUAUUCAGAGAAAGAUACGAUUUCAAGAUAACUUUGAGGAAAUUUAUGGAUCUGGGAAUGAAGAUGUCUAUCAGAUUCUCAGAGGAAGCAAAGGAGUACUAUGGCAAAAUCUUUAAGGUCUUUGACUCAGAUGGUGAUGGCUACAUUACUUUCAAGGAAUUCAGAAAGAUCAUCAAAAAGGUUGACCCUAUAAGAUCUGAUUGGAAGAUUCAUGCUAUUUAUUAGAAAGCUACAGGAGUAGAUGACUCUGAUAAAGGUCAUCUAAGAUUUAAUGAGUUCAUUAAAUGCGCUAUGAACAAUGUACUAAUGGAGAAAAUGAUCGAUUGGGAGAAAGUACUUUUAGAGGAGAAAGAUGACUAAAUCAAAUCCUCUAUGAGUAUUAGCAUUGCAUAAAUUGCAAAAUCCCAGACAAACCAAACUGCAGGUAGGAAUAGUAAAAAUGUUAAAAUGAAGCUAAGUACUCUCUAAGUGGCGAAUCAGUCAAGUUCUGCUCUGAAUUCAGGGAGAUCAAAGAAUUCUGCUUCAAUUAUUAGGUCAUAACAGACAUAAAACUUAUGA